AUGCCAGGCCCAUCGGCGAAGCAAGCAUGUGAUGCUUGUCGCCGGCGCAAGGUCAAAUGCACAUCCCCACGACCUUGUGAGCAGUGUCGGUCUGCCGGCCUGGAAUGCCGGACGACCAUUCAGCGACAGAAGAAAGGCCGACAGGGCCAGACCGCAAAAGUACUUAAUGAACUCCGGACGAAAGAAGCUGAGACGAAUAUUUCUCCGCCAUCUACAGUUCCCAGGCAUGGGGAAGUUGUAGCACUAGCAACACCCCUGCCGCUGCAAAACACGGGAAGGUGUCAGUUCUCAAAAUAUCCAGGGCUUCUAAGCUCCGAACUCGUCAAUGCCUGUUCAGAAUAUUUUUUUUCGCGCAUGCGAGGAACAGUGCCCGUGUUGCAACCCGGCGGGCUUCAAAAGCAGGUGGACCUCGCUGACAACUGUCCCCUCGCAUACUGUUUGGUCACGGCGUUUUGCGCUUUCGUGGUCACUCAGACUGGAUUCGCCGUAGAGCAUUCAUCCAAUGAAUCCUCUGGGAGGUUCUGUACCGAAGAAUACCGGAGCUCUUUGAUUGCAGAAGCGACCGAGGCGCGAAAACACAUUGAUCCAUUUACAGAGCCUGUGCGCCAAAGUAUCAUCAUCGCGUUCCUUCUAUAUGGUUGCCAUAUUGGAUUGGGGAACCAAAGACAUGCUUAUUACUUUCUUCGCGAAUCAACAACACUCUAUACCGCCAGUGCGCUGGAAAGCCAAGCCUCAUCGGCCCAGGCAGAUGACGAUGAUCCUUCUUUGGCAGGUAAAUUGUUUUGGUUGUUGGUGAUCUCGGAGAGAGCUCAUGCGAUCCGACGACAUAGACCGAUCACCCUACAGGUCACACCCGAAAGCCCUCAGUUGGAGGACGAUCCCCACCCAGAUACGGCCACUGUUGGCUUUCGGUGCUUGGUAGAUCUCUAUCGCCCAUUUGAUGAAACCUUCCUCUGUCACUGGAAUGGAAGAAAUACAACAUGCUCAAUCGAGUCGCUGGUCCGGCUCGAGGAGCGCAUUCGAAACGCAGUUCCGGCGGAUCUUGAUUUGCCCGACAUAGUAAUGGCCGAUCUACGUGUAUCUCAGCAGUGGCUGCGGAUUAUGAUAUGGCAGCUCUCAACGACUGCGGGCUUUUUGUCGACCAACCCGACCCAUGAAUGCAUGGAUUUCCGCUACCCUCUGCUGAUUGCCCAGGAUCUUUGCCUUGCAACGUGGAAAUUAUCGAGACAGAGUAUGGAGACACAUGGGAUAGGUCUCAUUGAGAAAAUAUUUGAAGUGGCAUGCACCUUGAUUGAUGUCAUGGCGUGCCUCUCGGCAGCCGGACUUCGUUCUUCGGGCUUCAAGCUUGGUCCUCAAGACUACCUUAAGCACUUCUUCACUCUUAUCCAUGAUCUUCCAGGAGGACGACGGAGAUUCUUUCCCCUUCUACUUACUAAAAUAGGCCAAACCCUACCUUCAAUGGUAGAGCCUAUCACCGUUCAUCUCAAUCUCCAACCUAUCCCGCCCAUCGCGAGCUCUACCAAUGCGGGCCCGUCCACCGUGGCUAUUGCCUCGACUGAGACUCCGACGCAGCGAAGUGAAUUGGAUCAUGUUCUUGCGGUAGCUUCUGAAGCGGUAUCCGAGGAGUCGAUGAAUGGCAACUUCAACUAUGCGGAGAUGAGUCGUAUUGGUGGCAAGACACCGGAGAUCGACGAGGCUUUUCUUCAAUAUUCUAGUUAUUACCCUGAGUCUGCGGGAAUAUAG